GCAUGAGACAUUUCCGAGUGUUUGUGUCUGUCACGAACAGCUGAAACGCAAAUCGAUUAUUUACUUGUUUGUCUCGAAUAUCUCCAAAUUUACGUCGUCAUUGUUUGUAAUUAAUCAGUAAGCCUGUUUAAACGAUGGGUGCAGUUCUAGGACUCUGUUCUGCAGCUCAGCUGGCAUGCUGUUGCGGCAGUGCGGCGUGCUCUCUAUGUUGUUCAGCAUGUCCAUCAUGCAAGAAUUCAACUUCCAGUCGGAUUAUGUAUGCUUUGAUGCUGCUCUUGUCAACCAUUGCAGCAGCAAUUACAUUGUCUCCAGGUUUACAAGAUGCAUUAAGAAAGGUUCCAUUUUGCAACAAUUCAACAUCACAUUACCUCCCUGACUCGGUUGUCUUCAACUGCAAUGAAGCUGUGGGAUAUUUGGCAGUCUACCGAAUUUGCUUUGCUCUGACUUGCUUCUUUGUACUUAUGGCAGUAAUGAUGAUUGGCGUAAAACAUUCCAAAGAUCCGCGCGGUGGCAUUCAAAACGGUUUCUGGGGUCUUAAAUACCUAAUCCUCAUUGGCGGAAUGAUUGGAGCGUUCUUCAUCCCCGAAGGCAACUUUGGCGUUACAUGGAUGUACUUCGGAAUGAUCGGCGGUUUUCUCUUUAUUUUGAUACAGCUUAUUUUAAUCGUUGACUUUGCGCACAGCUGGGCUGAAGUGUGGGUUACCAACUACGAGGAAACCGAAUCACGUGGAUGGUAUGCUGCGUUACUAUUGGCCACACUUUGCUGCUACAUUUUGACCAUCACUGGAAUUACUUUGUUGUUUGUCUUCUUUACCAAGUCCGACGAUUGCGCUUUGAACAAAUUCUUUAUAUCUUUCAACUUGAUCCUCUGCUUCUUGAUAAGCGUUGUUUCGAUUUUACCCGCGGUUCAAGACAAGCUCCCGCGCUCAGGACUCUUGCAAUCGGCCGUCGUGUCUUUGUACGUCACUUAUUUGACUUGGUCUGCUGUUUCCAACUCGCCAGAUUCCGACUGUAAUCCUGGACUCUUGGGCAUCGUGGGCGCCGGACACUCUGCCAAAAGCACUGAAAUGGGUAUUGAUACUGAGAGUAUCAUCGGUUUGAUUGUAUGGAUGUGCUGCGUUUUGUAUUCCUCGCUGCGUUCGGCCAGCAAAUCGUCCAAGAUAACAAUGAGCGAUCACAUUUUGGUCAAAGAUAACGAAGCAGUCAGGGGAAGUGGCGAAGACGCUCUUGUCGAUAACGAAGGUGGAGAACAACGUGAUGGCGGUGAAAAGGGUAAAAAGGUCUGGGACAAUGAGGAGGAGUCUUUGGCGUACAACUGGAGUUUCUUCCACGUCGUUUUUGCUUUGGCUACGUUGUAUGUGAUGAUGACCCUUACUAAUUGGUACAAGCCCAACUCCAGUUUGAAGACUUUGAACGCCAAUGCUGCUUCGAUGUGGGUGAAGGUCAUCUCCAGCUGGAUGUGCAUCGGAUUGUACGCGUGGAGUUUGGUCGCUCCGAUUGUUUUGCGCGAUCGCGAAUUCAACUAAUCCUGAGAGUUCUUUUUAUUGCUGUGAAUUUUUUUUAAAUUAUACUUACUACAUAUUUGUCCCUCGUAGUGUUUAGUAUCAAUAUUUAAGAUAUUAUUGUUCUAAUGCAUUAGCGUGAAAUCAAUCUUCGAUAGGCAUUUGUGUAUUAUUGCCUUAAUACUAGAGUUUAGAAUAUAUAA